AUGUCUCCGAUGACGUCACUUCCCGAGGACAUCGCCCUUGACAUAUUAGCACGUGUACCGAGACGUGACUAUCCAAGACUCUCCCUCGUGUCAAAGCUCUUCCGCUCACUCGUUUCGUCGCCUGAGAUAUACGCGAGACGAUCUUCCUUGGGUUGCACUGAACACUCUCUCUAUGUUGUUCUCGGUGUCUAUAAAGGUGAUGUGAAUUUGUAUACUCGCAUUGGCCACCGCUUGGUCCUUAUCCCAGGGCUCCCUGCUAUGCCUAGCUUUGGAUGCUUUGUGGCAGUAGGUACAAGGUUAUACGUAUUUGGUGGGUUUGAAGAGAUGAUGAUGACAUCGAUUGCGUAUAGCAUAGACUGUAGAUCUCACACUGUGCAACCCCUCCCAAGCAUGCCUUUCCCCAUGUGUAAUACAUUCGCUGGUUUUAUCGAUGGGAGAAUCUACGUUGUUGGAUAUGAUGAUUCCUCCAGGUUAAAGGUGGUGGUGUUCAAUACCGAAACGCAAACGUGGGAGCAUGAGAUGACGACAAAUCUAGCGAUGGAGAUAGGUAGGUUAAGUACUUACGGUUUUGGGGGGGUGAUGGGUGGUAAGAUGUACAUGAGGGGUUUUCAAAAUAGCUUUGUUUACGAGCCAAAGGAAAGAAAAUGGGAAACGGACGAGGUUCUGAAUUCAAAGGAGUGGUGGGGCAAUGCCUGUGUGGUUGAUGAUGUUUUGUACUAUCACGAUUGUAGUGAGAACAAGUUGAGAUGGUAUGACUCAAAGCAGAGGUGUUGGGGAGUGGUGAAAGGCUUGGAAGAGUUGUUGGAUGAGAUGAUUAAUUUUGGGUAUAUACAUACUGUGAGUUACGGUGGGAAGCUGGUUUUGUUGUGUCCUAAAGGAAAAUUCAUGGAAGUAAAGAGGGAGAUUUAUUGUGCUGAGAUUUUUCUGGAAAGAUGCAAAGGAGGUCAGAUUUGGGGUCUAGUUCAUCAGGCGUGUGAUCUUUUCACUGCUUCUGGCAAAUUUCACAUUACGGAUGCUCUUCAUGUUGUUGUUUGA